GAAAAGAUGAGUAAAAUGGUGCUUGUCCGAAAUGAGAUAAAGGAAUGGAGGGAUAAGAAAGAUAAAGAAAUGAAAGAAAAAGAUCCGAAGGAAAAGAAAGAGAAAAAGGAGAGAAAAGAUGGGAAAGAUAAAGAUAAAGAGGACUCAGAUGAUGAGAAGAAAGCUGGAUACAAAGCUAAAACUUUCACAGACAUUCAAAGGAUAAAAUUAGAAAAAUUGAUGGCGAAUCCUGAGAAACCCGUUCAUAUUCCAGAACGGCCGAAGGAGAAGAACGUGAACAAGGCCCCGGAGUUCAACCACAACAUCAUGGGGUCCAGCGCUGGGGCCGGGUCUGGGGAGUUCCAUCUCUACCGGCAGAUGAGAAGGAAGGAACAAAACAGAAUGAAGAUACUGACCGCGAGGGCAGAUAGAGAUGAACUAAACGAAGCUUAUCAUUUGAAACUAGAGGAAAACGAAAAAUUGGCGAUGGAACGAACAGAAAAGAAACGGAAGAAGCGACAGAAGAAGAAAGGAAAAAAGAAGAAGGGAGAGAAGAAGAAAGAGGAGAAGGAGAGCAGUGAUGAAGAUGAGGAUGAAGAAGAAGAGAAGGAGGAAGAAAAAGAACCAAGUGCUGAGUCCCAAAAUACAAAUACUGAACCUGAAAAGGCUCCAGCUGAACCAACCAGCCCUGAAAAGAAAAAGAAAGAUAUGGUUCUUGUAUUUUACUCUUGAUGUCAUCAUUGUUAAAAACCUUCAUGUAAACAAUAUUUAUAGAUAACAAAUUUUGAGAAAGAUUUUUUCUGACGAACAAUCAGAAGUAUUCCCCCAUCCUUCUUAAUUCAAAAAAUUUAAAUGAACCACAAAAUUGUUAGAAAUAUUCUAUAUAUUUUCGAAAGUUUUUUUUAGAUAUAUCAAGCUUAGAAUGUUGUUUUAUAUCGUUUAGAAGUUUAACGCCCCAUUUUCGUCAAUGUUUAUAUCUUGAAAAGUUCUUUUUUGGAGUUAAAAAA